UACGUUGUUUGAUACAAUCCAUACACUCACUAUGGCAUUUCAGGUGUGGAAGUUGCCCGUUCUCUGUCUCCUGUUCUGUUACUGGAGCUCGACAUCAACAGUGACCGGAUUUACGAAUGAACAAUUAAAAAGGGUCACGGAUUAUGUCAGCCAGACAUACAGUAUUACUGAAGAGUACGCCUAUGUGAUUAAGUUUAAUAAAACUGAAUGUGACCAACUGACUGAUCAAAAUAUAGCGGGUGCUCUGGAGAAAGACACAGUGGAUGUAAUAACAAAGUCACUCAGCAGUGAAAGUCAUAUAUACGAAGGAACACGGAUGGUAAUAUCUUUACAUAAAGACCUGGGUAACUAUGUAAAGGAGCACGCCGCAUAUCGACUUCUAUAUCCAACUGCUGGGUCAAAAAAAUCGCCAUUGGAAAAUCUAAUGAAAAAAUCACCCGGUGCUGGAUGUGCAAUAUUCUUCAGUUCAAAAUCACCGUGUCAAGCGUAUUGUACCAAACCCAAACGGCAAUAUAAAAUUGUACAGAAACUACGCCAGUUUAAUAGCAUCAAAAAGAACAUUAACAAAGCAUUUAUUUUCAAGGAGCUAUACAAUGAGCCAAACUUUCACGUUUGCUGUCCUGAGAAACGCUUGAAAGCAAUUGAUAAGAAAAUGCCCCUGUAUCGCUGUGACGAUGACUGCUUUCUAUGCUUUCCGAAUGGAGUCUUUAAUCAUAAAUGUAUGGCUUAAUCCAGUACACAUCAAAUUUAACCUGGGGGAUAAUGCCUAUAGUCUCAUAGCAGUAAAACCAUUACAAGGCGCUGCAGUGGUUAUAGAAACAUAGAAUGUGACGGCAGAUAAGAACCAUUCGGCCCAUCUAGUCUGCCCAGUUUUCUAAAUACUUUCAUUAGUCCCUGGCCUUAUCUUAUAGUUAGGAUAGCCUUAUGCCUAUCCCACGCGUGCUUAAACUCCUUUACUGUGUUAACCUCUACCACUUCAGCUGGAAGGCUAUUCCAUGCAUCCACUACCCUCUCAGUAAAGUAAUACUCCCUGAUAUUAUUUUUAAACCUUUGCCCCUCUAAU